AUGCCCAUCUUCAAGCUAUCGGCCACUUUGCAAGGCCACGAGGACGAUGUGCGUGCGCUGUGCUCGCCCGACGCGGACACGCUUGUCUCCGGCUCCCGCGACUCCACUGUGCGUGUCUGGCGGCGAAUUGACCCCCGUUCGUGGUCAGAGCCCACCAUCAACUACAAGUCCGCCAAGUUUGUCAACAGCCUGGCUUGCUACAAACACGCGGGCGAGACCUUCAUAGUGAGCGGCGGCAACGAUGCGCUCGUCAACCUGACGCUCGUCGACGCCACUUUCGACUGGGUGGACCCGGCCUACAUUCUUGUGGGCCACCAGAACAACGUGUGCGCGCUCGCGUGCAAGGACGACCUGAUCAUGAGUGGCUCGUGGGACAGCACUGCCAAAGUUUGGCGCAAGGACGGCACCGUGGUGUACGAGCUCAAGGGCCACGAGAACUCUGUGUGGGGUGUCCAGAUCGUGUCGGCGACGCAGUUUGUCACGUGUGGGGCAGACCGCACGAUCCGGGUUUGGAACGGCGCCCGCGAGGUGCGGCAGUGGAUUGCGCACACGGACGUCGUGCGCGACGUGCUCUUGUUGCCCGAUGGCACCCUCGCAUCGUGCUCCAACGACACCACCGUCAAGCUAUGGACGCUGGACGGCGAGCUGCUGAAGACGCUUCGCGGCCACCAGAACUUUGUGUAUUCACUCGCGGUGCUUCCGACAGGCGAGCUCGUGAGCUCGGGAGAAGACCGCACGGUCAGGGUCUGGGACAAGGCCGGCAAGUGUGUCCAGACCAUCACGCUGCCCUGCAUCUCUGUGUGGAAGGUGAUUGCGCUGGAGAAUGGCGACAUUGCGGCCGCGUCGAGCGACGCGCAGGUGCGAAUUUUCACGAGAGUCGGCAAGCGAGUCGCAGCACGCGAGCUGCUCGACAAGUUCGAGGCAGAUCUGCAAAACUCCACCGUCAACGACUCGGUGUACAACGUGAACAAGGACACUCUCCCGGGAAAAGACAUUCUGAAACAGCCAGGGACAACCGAGGGAGAGACCAGGACGGUCCGCACAGAGAUCGGCACCGCCGAGGUGUACCAAUGGAACGAAUCCAAGUGGAAUAAGGUCGGCGAGAUUGUCAAUUCUACUUCGACGGACAAGAAGAAAGAGUACAAUGGCCAGUUCUACGACUAUGUGUUCGACGUUGACAUUGCCGACGGCCAGCCACCACUGAAGCUGCCCUACAAUACUAACGAGAGCCCGUACGCGGUGGCAGACAAGUUCCUGCUCGACAACAAUCUGCCGGCCUCGUACUCGCAGCAGGUGGUAGAUUUCAUUCUUGCAAACACCGGCGGUGCCAGCUUGGACCAGCAGUCCGGCCCUAGCUCAUCGGAGCCGUACCAGGACCCAGCGUAUCAGAAACAGGGCAUCUUACCGCAGACAGAAUACCUGCAGUUUGCGAAACUGGACGAGACGAGGAUCCGGACUGGGUUUUCGAAACUUAACGCCAAACAGCCUGUGCAGAACCAGAUCGAACCUACGGAGUUUGAGACGUGUAUGAACUGCCAGGAUUUUAAGCAGUUGGCGACCCUGGCCGGCAAGAUGAUCUCAAAUUGGGAUGCCAGCUCAAAGCUUCUCGGAUUCGACAUUCUGCGGUUCACGAUUCUGCACACGCCGCCGUUCGAAACGCUGUUUGAACUGAUCAAAAUCGGGCUCACGUCGCAGUCGCCCAAAGUGGUCAUGAUGACGAUCCGACUACUGGUCAACAUCUUCAGCGCGAAGCAGUGGGGCGAGCGUGUUUUUGCGGACCCAGACCUGAUGGAUGUGAUCUUCUUGGACGACAUUUUGGACGCUCUCAAAACAGAGAAGCUGAUGAGCAUCACCGUCGCGACGUUUGUGCUCAACUACGCCGUGUUUAUCCGCAAGCUGCGGGACGAAUCGUUGUGCACGAAGCUGGCUGCCGUGAUCAACAAGUUUGGCGUCGCUCUUGCCCGCGACGAGGAGUCGGCAUACCGGCUACGCAGCAGUGACCACUGAACUGCAAAAAUACAAAAGUCCGCGUUUCGACGCGCUCUGGACAGAAAUCAAAUAGACGGAUUAUGACAUUUUAUUGCUCUAUUUGGUAACUCCUUUCUCUGCAAACGCAGAAACAACUUUGUUGUAAACUUCCUCCACAGGCUGAUUGCAGUUGACCUUGACCACGCGGCCUUGUUUGUCGAAAUAGUCCACCACAGGCAUGCUGGUCUCCAAAAACGUCCUGAACCGUUUCUUGAUGCUCUCCAGGUUGUCGUCAGCUCUUCCAGACGUCUUUCCUCUCUCGAGCAGUCUGUGCAGCAUGACUUCCUCCGGACACUCGAAAUACAACGUCAGCUUGCUCUUGACAAUCAAAUCCUCAAAAGAAACAGCCUGGUCCAUUUUUCUGGGGAACCCGUCGAUCAAGAACUUAGUUUUCUUGUUUUUGGUGUAUUGUUCCACGAUCGCGUUCUUCAACAAGUUGAUCGUGAUCUCCUGCGGCACAAUCAGCCCCUCCUUGAUGUAGUGCGCAAUUAGCGAGCCAUACUCGGAGUUCGGCUUGGCCUGUUCGGCCCUCAGCAGGUCGCCAGCCGAAAGAUGGACAAAGUCGUAAUUUUUCACCAGCUUGGCGCACUGCGUGCCCUUGCCAGAGCCAGGGCCGCCCAGCACAAAGAUCACGUCAAUGUCGGAGUCUCUGAACAGCGGGCCAGUUGGGUCAAUGGAUGCCCUAGGCGGCUUGCUCGUCGAGUUGAGGUUGUAGUAGGUGACACCAAUGGCCAGCCCUCCAAGCAGCAACAACGGGUAGAAAUGCUUGGAUUUCUGCUGCUGUGACGAGUAGAAACGCGCCCCUCCUGCCCUCGCAGCUGGCACUGCACGCAGUACUCUGUGGCCCGUGAUUAUUCCUCUGGAAGGUGCAAACAGUCUCAGCAUGACGAGUUCCAACUCUAGUUUUUUUUAAUUUUUUUU